AUUGAGGUGCUGUAUAGUGUGUAAGGGGCUGCCAUUUUGCAGGUUUCUGAACAAGGAAAGCGUCAAAUCUGUGUAGUUUUCCUGCACAAAAAAUAUUUCGCUAGUUUUGAGAUACUACAUCUGAACGAUAAGGUUGGAGUAACAUGGAUCAUGUGACAUCUGUUUCUGGAGCAGCUGACAAGAGCAGAGGACGUGGAGGAAGAGGCAGAGCUCAGACAAUGAGAGGCAUGCAAGGUGGUAAAACAGCACCAGCCAGAGGUCAGUGGACUCCUUUGAGAGGAAAGACCAGAGGCAGAGCAUCAGCCAGUGGUGUUGGGCCUAUAAGACGUGGCUUGGGAAGGAUGCGUCCAUAUCCUGACCCACGGGGUAGGAGAGGUGGUCGAGCUGGUCCUCCUGGACUUCCUGCACCGCCACCGCCUCCACCACCACCUCCUCCCCCACCUAUGAGAGGAAUGAUUAGAAGUCCAUUUCCACCACCUCCAAGGCCUCGUCUCCCACCACCACCACCUGGGCCAGUAGGCUUUAGAGGUAGACCACCUCUCCCUAGAGUCAGAGGAAUGCCACCUGGUCCAAGGAGGCCUUUCCCACAUUCGAGAGGCUUUCCCAAUGGACCCGGUACACCACCACCACCUCCACCUCCGCCACCUGGACGGGGCCAGAGAUGGCCUGGACCGCCAGGUGGCAGACGAUUGUAAAGAAGCAUAUUCUUAAAUUUGUAUAGCAGGGCGCUUUCUUUCAUAAACCAUUUUGGCAGUGACUGGACUAGGAACUACCUGUAAAAGUUAAAGGUGGCAAAGAAUAGUUGAACAUUGACAACAGUAUUUUACUGCAGCCCUCAUGCACCAGCUGGCACAAGCCAUAUAAAAAUUCUGAGACUUCUGGGACUUUUUGCAACAUUUUUUAAUGUAAACUUUAUGGACAUUACAUAUUGACUUCUGCACACUAAACUUAAAGGAAAAAAAGAUAAGAUGUCUUGUUACCUGAAGGUCAAACAUUCAUUUAAUGUAAAGAAUACUGAAUAUUUUGUGACGUUUGAAAAUAAGUACAGCUUUUAGUGUAAAUUUAACAUGGUUGUGUUACUCAGUGAUUGUCUGUGUAUAAAAAGAAUAUUGUGGAUUUAUUAUUUAAUUUUAAUUAUAUAUAUAUAUACAUAGAUUUACAUGCAAAAGGUUUGAUCUUACGUAAGUGUCAAUAUAGUACAGAAAAAAAGCUAAUUGCUGAUUAUCUUGAAAAGAAAAUACAUUAUGUUUAAGUUUUUAACACGUCCUGACACACUAAAGUGUUACUGUUAAACUGAAUCAUGUGAAUGUUAACUUGGAAUGGUUAUGCCAGUACAUGAUUCAACAAUAAAAAUAAGCAAAAGA